UGGGAGCCGUGGGUGGAGCGCGUGACGCCUCCACGAGGAUCGCAGGGAGUUGUAGGCCUGUCUUGUCCGAAAGCUGUGAGCUCGCUCUUCGGGGGAACCGCUACACCUGCGAAUCGGAGGCGAAUGACUCGAAGCGGGUAGACUUCUGGGAGUCGUAGUCUUUUUCCCCGCUUCCGCGUUCCUCGCGGCUUGGCCCUUCCAGCACGGGUUCUGCUUUGUAGGCGUCCCAGGAGACAUGGCACUCCUCUCCGGGAUCCCCCCACGCAUGUCUCCCGGCGGCCCGCGCCCGUCAGGACUGCCCUAAGCAGCCAGGGUCCCUGCUGACCGGCUUUGGACUCUGCGGCGCAGUCUGACUCCUCGGUCUCACCCGCAAAGCUGGGUGCAGUGCGAGCCCACCCUCCUCUGUCCUGGUUACAACCUAGAGCGGUCAGGGCUGGCCUGGAGGGAUACUGAAGGCGGCCUUGGGAGCUCAGAGGCGGCGCCGGCAGGGUUCAGGAAAGAUUUCCAGAACAAAGGACCUCAUGCCCAAAUGAAUUUCAUGCCCAAAUGAAAUUCCAGAUUCUCUGCCCUUGAUAAACAAGAGAUCCAGAAUCCGACCACUUCUCUCUACUUACACUGCCUCCACUCUGCUCCGAGCCACCAUUAUUGCUCACCUGGAUCAUUGCAGGAGCCUCCUCACAGGAGUAGCUGACCCUUCCCACCCCUCCUGGACCCCGCGAUGCCCGCGCCGCAGUGCGCCUCCUGCCACAAGGCGCGCGCCGCCCUCCGCCGUCCACGCUCCGGCCAAGCGCUGUGCGGCACCUGCUUCUGCGCUGCUUUUGAAGCCGAGGUGCUGCACACGGUGGUCGCGGGCCGCCUGCUGCCCCCCGGCGCCGUGGUGGCCGUGGGUGCCUCGGGAGGCAAGGACUCAACAGUACUGGCCCACGUGCUGCGCGAGCUGGCACCGCGCCUGGGCAUCUCGCUGCAGCUGGUGGCCGUGGACGAGGGCAUCGGCGGCUACCGGGAUGCGGCGCUAGCUGCCGUGCGGCGCCAGGCGGCCCGCUGGGAGCUGCCGCUCACCGUCGUGGCCUACGAGGACCUCUUUGGGGGCUGGACGAUGGACGCAGUGGCCCGCAGCACAGCGGGCUCCGGCCGUAGCCGCUCCUGCUGCACCUUCUGCGGGGUGCUGCGGCGUCGGGCGCUGGAGGAAGGGGCGCGCCUCGUGGGAGCCACGCAUGUCGUGACAGGCCACAACGCGGACGACAUGGCGGAGACCGUGCUCAUGAACUUCCUGCGGGGCGACGCCGGCCGGCUGGCCCGGGGCGGGGGCCUGGGCUCGCCGGGCGAGGGGGGCGCCCUGCCGCGCUGCCGCCCGCUGCAGCUGGCGUCGCAGAAGGAGGUGGUGCUGUACGCGCACUUCCGCCGCCUGGACUACUUCUCGGAGGAGUGCGUCUAUGCGCCCGAGGCCUUCCGCGGCCACGCGCGCCACCUGCUCAAGCUGCUGGAGGCGGCGCGGCCGUCGGCGGUGCUGGACCUCGUGCAUUCGGCCGAGCGCCUGGCGCUGGCCCCGGCCGCGCGGCCCCCGCCCCCCGGCGCCUGCUCCCGCUGCGGGGCGCUGGCCAGCCGCGCGCUCUGCCAGGCCUGUGCCCUCCUGGACGGCCUGGACCGCGGCCGGCCCCGCCUCGCCAUCGGCAAGGGACGCAGGGGGCGGGACGAGGGGGGGACCCCGCGGGAGCCGGGGCGGGUCCGAACGCCGGUCCCUGAGGCGGUCCCCACUUUCUAGGACCCCCAGUGCUCCUCUGGGAUCCCACCAGGGAGCACGGGGCGCCUGUAAAUGACUGUGAAUAAACCUGAGUUACCUU